CAGUCAGAGGUCUGGGGGUCUGCUGUGUGACCUUGCAGUGUUUGUAAACAGACACACGUUGCCGUUGUAAAGUAUUGAGAAUAGAAUACAAUCACGAUCUAACAAAGAGUGUCACAAAGUAUUUGCUUGAGGGACAUCGAAAAGAAGUAAAACCACGAGAGUCAUGGAACUGGAGCCUAUGUGUAUCGCUGAAAAUGAGACGGAGGGAUCUCGCGGUGAUCGGAAAGAGGGGGGUAAGAGGGGACGCAAGCCUGGAAGGAAGGCGUCCGACAAGACGGACAUGAAAGCCAAGCUUGAACGAAGUCGACAGAGUGCGAGGGAGUGUCGUGCUCGCAAGAAGCUAAGGUAUCAAUAUCUCGAGGAGUUGGUAGCCGACCGCGAAAAGGCUGUGCUCGCACUUCGAAGGGAGUUGGAGAUGUAUCGGCAGUGGGGACAAGAAUUGGACGCCGGACGAGUUCCCGAAGGGCUACAAGCGAUGCUGGAGGAGCUCGGCUCUCUGAAGCGGGAGAAAGUGACCAACUAACCGAGCGAGGAAGAGAGAAAGAGAAACACGAGUUUCACGAACAUCGAGCUUUUUUCGCCACAUUUUCUUUUUCUUUUUUUUUUUUUUUCUUUUUCCGCGAUAUCCGAUUUGAUAAUCGAACGUCAUUUCCCUCGUAUUUCCCGAUUAUUAUAUUAUUAUAUUUCCUUCGAAGGGCGUGUCGAGGAUUCAACUCGAAGAAUUCGGAUGCCUCUUCUUCUCGUUCACGGUGGAAAAAACCGUUGAAAAAACAAAGGAAAAUGGAUGGAAAAGAAAUAUCAUCCCACCUUACGGAUUGCUGUCCCGCUUUUUAGCUCUAGUCCUCUUCUCUCGUCUCGUCCAAUCCUCGAAGAAGAAAAAUUCGUUCGGUGUUGUUGUUUCUCUAGUUAUUAUUAUUACUAUUAUAACGUUUAACGUUUUAUCCUUGACGCCUCACGAAAGAAAAUUGUUCGUGUAUCCUUGUUGUUUGUGAUCGAUUAAGUUAAAGAAAUAUUAUCUUUCUUGUUUUUUCUUUUUUUUUUUUUUUUUUUUUUUUUCUCUCCUCUUCAAUUUUAUCAUCGUUGUGAUUCUUCGACGAUGUAAAUGUCGAUCGGUUGGUGGUACCUAUUGCCGGCCGACGCUCAGUGUACCUACUUACAAGUACCUUUUUCCGACGAUUGUUAGAGAAUAGAGAAUAUGAGAAGAGAUAAAAUUAUAUAUUGCUGUUACGCGUUGACAAAGGACGAUCGUCAUAGUCAAAAAAAAAAAAAAAAAAAAAAAAAAAAA